AGUUUUUUCCUAUGAUGGAAACUAACCUGCUCUCUGUGACUCCAUUUGGGCUAUGUUUGCUGGCUGAUUUGUGGGUGCGCUGGCCCUUUAAGAGCAAACUCUGAAGCAGUCAAUCCUGUGUUGGUGCUGCUGCUGAUGGCUGUGCUGCGAGUUGAUUGGCUGUGGCUGUCAGGGCUGAGGUGCUGGAGGGAUGCUGCUAUGCAUCUCUUUCUCCUCCUCCAUGUCUCUCUCUCUCUCUCUCUCUCUCUCUCUAUCGCUUGCUUGCAUCCCUUAGUAUAAUCCACAUCUAGGGCAAGCAGGCUGAGAGUCAAUUCAGUGCUCAGCUCCUCUCUGCAGGCUGGGAAAAGAGUGAGAGAUAGAAGGAAAGAAAACGCUUCCCAAAAGCAGGAGGAAUUGCGGAAGGAAGAAAUCUGGCAAGCAGAGAAAUACAAAGGAAGAUCUGAUCACGGAUAUUAUUUAUAUAUAUAUAUAUAGAAUUGUUAAUAUAUAUAUAUUUGUACACACGCAUAUCAAUAUUUAUAUAUAUAUAUAUAUGUAUACAUAUAUACCUGUACAUAACUGUAUUUGUGCUUGUCUGUUUAUAUUGAUAUUUUUAUAUGUAUUUGUGUGUGUGUAAAUAUAUACAUAUAUAAGCAAAUGAAUAUAUAUGAAUUUAUAUAAAUAUCACUGUGAACCUAAAGAAGCAAGAAGAGAACUCUACCAUCGGGGCUGGUCUCUGAUUCUGAGAUCAUACACUAUUUUCAGCAUUAUUUUUCCAAGUCUUUUGCAUUGAACGGAGGAAGACUACGGACCUUUUUCUAUUUGAUCCUUUCCCUGUUGCUACCUCCUCAUCUGUUUUUCUGGAUUGGGAGGAACAAAGAGGAGAAUAACGGUUCGUGAAGGGGCGAGAGAUCGGCGACGUUCCUGUGAUUUGUGCGUUUUGCACCGCCGUAGCUCUUCUGCGUGCUGCGUUUGAUCUGAGCAGGCGGCAGCAGUGAGAGAGAGAGCGAUCGAGCCAGAGAGCACCGCAUCGUGUGAGCAAGCCAGCAUGCACAAACAUCACCACUGCUGCAAGUGUCCAGAAUGCUAUGAAGUGACCCGCAUGGCUGCCCUGCGCAGGAUGGACGCCCCGGCUUAUGGAGACUGGCAACCCGAACCCUAUGGAUACCCUGCCGGCUAUGGGGGCGGCCAGACCUUACCGCCCCAAACCUCAGGUGGAGGAGGGGGCAUGGGUGGAGGUGGCACAUUAGGGAGAAGUAAAGGGAAAAUGAUGUCCGCCGGGGGCCCCGGAGGCCCCAACCCCAAGAGCCAUUCCAAGUGCGGCCCCAAGGUGAAUGGUAACAAUUCAGGAGGUCAAGGGGGAUGGUGGCCAGAGUGCACCUGCACCAAUCGAGACUGGUAUGACCAGGCAAACCCUCCCCCCAUCAUUGUGAACGCAGACUCACUGGAUGCAGGCCCUUAUGUGAAUGGGAGCGAUGGCAUGUUUAAAUACGAAGAAAUCAUUUUGGAGAGGGGAAAUUCUGGCCUUGGGUUCAGCAUUGCUGGAGGUAUGGAUAAUCCACACAUUCCUGAUGAUCCAGGAAUUUUUAUCACCAAGAUCAUUCCUGGAGGUGCUGCUGCCAUGGACGGGAGACUAGGGGUAAAUGACUGUGUUCUGCGGGUGAACGAUGUGGAUGUAUCUGAGGUUGUGCACAGUAAGGCAGUAGAGGCUUUAAAGGAGGCCGGUCCAGUGGUUAGACUGCUGGUACGCAGGAGACAGGCUCCUCCCGAGUCCAUUUUGGAAGUCAACUUACUCAAAGGGCCUAAAGGUCUUGGUUUCAGUAUUGCCGGAGGUAUAGGAAACCAGCACAUCCCAGGUGACAACAGUAUCUACAUAACAAAGAUCAUUGAGGGUGGGGCAGCGCAGAAGGAUGGACGUCUGCAGACUGGCGAUCGACUAUUGGCUGUGAAUAACAUUAUACUUCAGGACGUGCGUCAUGAGGAGGCUGUGGCCGCUCUGAAGAAUACUUCAGACAUGGUCUAUCUGAAAGUGGCCAAGCCUGGACCAGUGCAUCUCAACGACAUGUACGCCCCGCCAGACUAUUCCAGCACCUUCCCCACCAUGGUAGACAACCACGUCGGCCACAACUCCAGCAUGACUUAUAUGGGAGGCAUGGAGGCUAAACCAGUGUACCAGCCGCCCCAGGUCACCCCGUCAAGGUACUCCCCAGUCCCACGCCACAUGCUGGGGGAGGAAGACUUCACCAGGGCCGAGCCCAUUUACAGUGCCAUCCACAAACCUCAUGGGGACACCAGCCCUCCCUCCCCCCAUCUGUGCAGCAGGGGGUCUGGGGAUGUGGGCAGCAGCCCCGCCCCGCCUGCUCUGUGUCAAAGCCUGGUCCCGUACACCGGCAGGGAGCCACGAAAGAUCCUGCUGCACAAGGGUUCCACAGGUUUGGGUUUCAACAUUGUUGGAGGUGAGGAUGGAGAGGGCAUCUUCGUGUCUUUCAUCUUGGCUGGAGGGCCAGCUGACCUGAGCGGAGAGCUAAGGAGAGGAGACCGCAUUCUGUCGGUGAAUGGAGUAAACCUACGCAAUGCUACCCAUGAACAGGCUGCUGCUGCGCUGAAGAGAGCUGGACAGACAGUGACCAUCAUUGCCCAAUACAGACCAGAAGAAUACAGUCGCUUCGAGUCCAAGAUCCACGACUUGAGGGAGCAGAUGAUGAACAGCAGCAUGAGCUCUGGCUCGGGCUCCCUCCGCACCAGUGAAAAACGUUCCCUCUAUGUCAGGGCUCUCUUUGACUACGACAGGACCCGGGACAGUUGCCUGCCCAGCCAGGGUCUCAGUUUCUCCUAUGGGGACAUCCUGCAUGUCAUCAACGCCUCCGAUGACGAGUGGUGGCAGGCACGGCUGGUUACACCCCACGGGGAGAGUGAGCAAAUUGGGGUCAUACCAAGCAAGAAAAGGGUGGAGAAGAAAGAGCGUGCACGAUUAAAAACAGUCAAGUUCCACGCGAGGACGGGCAUGAUUGAAUCUAACAGGCCAGUUAAAGUGAAGCGCAAAAAAAGCUUCAACCUUUCUCGCAAGUUCCCGUUUUACAAGAGCAAGGAGAAUAUAGUGCAAGAGUUGGGGGAGACCGAACAGUGUUUGACAUCUAACAGUGACAGUGAAAGCAGCUCUAAGGGUCAGGAAGACACAAUUCUGUCAUAUGAGCCAGUAAUCCGACAGGAGAUUCAUUACACAAGGCCUGUGAUUAUCUUGGGUCCGAUGAAAGACCGAGUAAAUGAUGACUUGAUCUCAGAGUUUCCCCAUAAGUUUGGAUCCUGCGUUCCACAUACAACCCGUCCUCGGCGAGAGAAUGAGAUGGAUGGGCAGGACUACCAUUUUGUGGCUUCAAGAGAGCAAAUGGAGAAGGACAUUCAGGACAAUAAAUUUAUCGAGGCCGGCCAGUUUAAUGAGAAUCUGUAUGGGACGAGUAUCCUAUCUGUUCGGGCAGUGGCUGAAAGGGGGAAACAUUGUAUCCUGGACGUGUCAGGGAAUGCCAUUAAGCGACUGCAGCAAGCACAGCUCUAUCCGAUCGCCAUUUUCAUCAAGCCAAAAUCCGUGGAGGCCCUUAUGGAAUUAAAUAAGAGACAGACGUAUGAGCAAGCCAGUAAAGUCUUUGAUAAGGCAUUGAAGCUUGAACAAGAGUUUGGGGAGUUUUUCACAGCCAUAGUCCAGGGUGACUCACUAGAUGAGAUCUAUAAUAAAAUCAAGCUGAUCAUAGAGGAGCAGUCAGGCCCUUACAUCUGGAUCCCGUCGGCAGAAAAGCUCUGAACUCGCCUCCGCCCGACCCUGCACCCAAUCCCACCCGACACCUUUCCAUUCCUCUCACUGAUCAAGUUUUAGUGUCAUCGUUACGUUACCUUCAAAUGAAAACGUCUUCUCACCAUUACUGUGACUGUGCACACCCCUGCAUGAGUUUCUCAGCAAUUCCAUUCAAGAUGGGAAAUGCCACUCCUCUAAGAAAUUUUUUUGUCAUGUAAAACAAAUAAGGGACGCCGCUUGUGAGUUUUGGACAGACUUGCUCAAAAUGAGAAGCGAGCGCACCGUUUCGGACGGACCUUUGGAAAGGUGAUUCGUCAUCGAAGUGGAAACCUUGUAUGAGUUCAUUGUAAAAGACAUUCAAGGAUGCUGAGCAAAGGUUUUCCACAAGGACCACAUACAGAUCAAGCCUGCUGAUGGAGAGAAACUUAAAAACUGCUGAUAACCGUCAGUAAUCGCAAACCGCUUGCUGGCUGCCCAUCGGUUUAUACGGUGACGUCGUUGGAGGCAGAACAAAAUGGAAAUGGGUCUAUAUUGCGUUUAUAUUACUGAAAUCACAUGGAAAAUAAAAAUCCUACGGAGAGAUUUUACUACGAAUACGGUACACAUUUUCACUAGAGUUGUCUACUUGGAGGGCUGUUAGAUUUCAUUAACCUGUCUUACCUGGGUUUUUGUGUUUCUUCUUUCUUGUGUUUUUAGCUGCUCUGUAUUAAAGAUGAUGGGGGUAGAGAGGUGUAAAUGGGCUCUCUGCAGAACACCAAACUGCCUUAUGAUUAAUAAACAAUAUUUAACUUAAACCGGUACUGCGCCGGAGACUAUUUUGUUUUUUUAUCAAUUAUCCUAUUGGAGGCCUAACUUGUGAGUGCAAUAGACAUAAGUGUCUUACCUCUUUCAAUUGUCUUUUAAGUGACCAAUUUUUGGCGGCCAAAGCCGCCGCCUAUCCCCCCAUUGGAGUUGUUAAAAAGCAGACAGCCCACUUGCACUUCCUCUGCCCUUCAUGACUAGAUUAUACACCGAACGGUAACAUGGUACUGUCCUGUUAGCUGCAACGGAGCGCAGCCUUAAAACGGGUAGAAUCACGACUUUAUUGUAUUUGGAUGACUUUAGUGGAGCCUAAAAUUUCCCCAGAACUCAAAGAUGGUUUGAUUAAAACAGUUCUUUGUAACGACAGCUUUUUUCUUAGUUAGUUUCCGGGCUGAUGUUUACUCCACUGUGUUGAGCCUUGUGCCAGGUCAAGCUUGGCAAGCUCAGGAAUCUUACGGAUGAUGUUUUUUAAUGACAAGGGCAGCAAUCAUAUUGUGAAGUAGAGUGAUAGAAUAUGAACUCAACGGGAUGGUUUCAUCUUCUCUGAGCACCCAGACAUGCUGAUAUAUUAUACUUGUGUAUUCUAAAUAUUUAGUCCUUUUUUUAUUUGAAAUACUUUGUGAGCACUACAUCUGCGGUGGCCCUUAUGUACAUUGGGUCGAGUUGGGAGAGAACAAAGCGCCCUGCUGAGGAUCUGGACGCAACAAAGACGGUGCUCGUGUGGAUACAGUAGUACAGUACUUCCUUUGAUCCCUCCAUUUGAAAAGUCUGGAUUUCAGCGGGCCCACCCUCUUCCCCCUCAAGCUCCUGUACCUGCAGGCAUUUUUUCUAAGCAGGUGUGCUCACCUGCCGAGCAUCUCAGCUGUCAUACCCGUGUCAAAACCAGAGUUCAGGGAAUAAUCGAAGGGAACAGAGCCAUUUAUAAACUGCUUACAGACUGUUUUAAUGGGUAUGAUAGCUGUAAAGUGUAAAUAUCCCCCCCCUCCCUCACUUGUGCUUCAUGCAUGUGUGAUACAACUGGGACAGACAUGUUUUAUAAAUCACAAAUGUCAGGUAAGUAAACUUUGAGAUUAAUUUCCAUACAAAUGUGCCGUACCGUUGGUAUUUCUCUAUAGAAAAAAUCUCUUCAGCUGCCUAUCGGAACAUUUUUUUAGCAAGUCGGGGAAUCGGCUUCCCUACAAUACGGCCUGUCUACUUGUGUGAUAUCUUGUGGAACUUGUCUGAGUGUAUAGAUGAAAACAAAUGUAAAAAUAUAUAAAUAUAUAUAUAAUAUAAAUAUAUAUAAAAAGACAUGCAGACAGCAACCCGUAGAGUGAUAUUAAAGUCAACCAGGAGCAUAAAUUAUUUAGUGUAGAUUAAAUGGUGAAAAGCGAGAGAUCAGCUGACUGACACCACCGAUACCUGUCGGUUGUGUCUGUAAAGCCCAAAGAAUUUUAAUUCAUUGUAUUAUAUUUCUACUGAAGUGAAUGGCAGCAGCUCUGUGUGUAUUAAUGAGGGUCUUUGCUCCAGCGGUGCAGCCGUUAAAAAAGGGGAGGGAAGGGGUGUGGUUUGUCUUUUUUGAGUGAUUUUAUGAGUUUUUGAUGUGAUGAUUGCACACCUGUGCAGUAAGUGCUUGCAAAUAUGAGCCCUUUGAUUGUACAGUAGUGUCCUCCCCAUGAUUACAGGUGGUACACGUAUCCGGACACGAGGAACAUUUUAUAUCCUGGUCGGGAGGGAACACAGUCCUAACGAUUUUUUGUUUUGUUUUUAUUUGAUUUUUUUGGACUGGACAAGAGUUUAUUUGUUUGGAAAUAAACGAUGUGACUCUGUUAUGAUUUCAA